CAAGAAGUCCCUACCAUCCUCACUAUUUCCCCCAAACACAUUCUAUUUAUUCCCUUACCUCUCCCUCAUUUCUCCCCAAUUCCAUCCUCUCUUUUGCUCUGCUUUCUUUUUCUAAUUCUUCAAAAUGAAAAUGGAAGCUACUAAAAUCUUGAUAGUGGGUAUUCUCACAUUGUUCUCACUUGCUGAUGCAUAUGGUAGAGGUGGUGGAGGUUGGAAAAAUGCUCAUGCCACAUUUUAUGGUGGUGGUGAUGCUUCUGGCACAAUGGGAGGAGCUUGUGGAUAUCAGAAUUUAUACAGUCAAGGGUAUGGCACAAAUACAGCAGCACUAAGUACAGCAUUGUUCAACAAUGGGUUAGCAUGUGGAUCAUGCUAUGAAAUUCGAUGUGCAAGUGACCCAAAAUGGUGUCUUCCAGGCACAAUUGUGGUGACUGCUACUAAUUUUUGCCCACCAAAUAGUGAUGGAGGGUGGUGCAAUGCUCCUCGUCAACAUUUUGAUCUUUCUCAGCCUGUUUUCCAGCACAUUGCUCAGUACAGAGCUGGUAUUGUUCCUGUUUCUUACAGAAGGGUACCCUGCAGGAGAAGGGGAGGAAUAAGGUUCACAAUAAACGGGCAUUCCUACUUCAACUUGGUUUUAAUUACCAACGUUGCAGGUGCAGGAGAUGUCCAUGCAGCUGCAAUCAAAGGGUCAAGAACAGGAUGGCAAUCUAUGUCCAGAAAUUGGGGGCAAAAUUGGCAAAGUAACAGUUACCUUAACGGACAGUCCCUCUCUUUUAAGGUCACUACAAGUGAUGGUCGUACUGUUACGUCCUACAAUGUUGCUCCCGCUCACUGGUCUUUUGGCCAGACGUAUUCUGGUGCCCAAUUUCGCUAAAAAAAAUGACCCUUUAUUAGGUCCUGAGAAUCAUAAUUAUAAUUAUAAAUACUGGGUUUUGGAAGUAUAAUAAAUAAUUAAAAAUUAAUUAAUUAGUAUUUAGUAGUAGAGUAUAUAGUUACAAUAUAGUUUAAGUAGGACUUGUUGACUUGCGUCAUUAUUUAAUUGGCCAAGAUUAUUGAACUCUUUGAUGGGGGUUAAAAUGGGAAAUGGGUAUUAUUUUAUAAGGCCUCUUUCCAAAACUACCCCUAUUUUUAAGGGUAACCUUUGAAAGUUUCUCGCUUAUGGAAUACUCUGAAUUGUAUUAUAGGCCGAGGUGAAUUUUACCACCCGCCAUUAGUAUUGUUAUAUUUUGCACUAUUAGUUUAUAUGGUUUGGUAUUCUUAUUAUAACUUUUAAAUUUAAAAUCUUGUGUAUGUAUGAGUAGUCACUAUUAAGAGUUCUUAGCAGUAUGCAAUUAUUGAACUCUCGAAUGUAAAAUUUUCCAUAUUCUUAAGCAUUAAUGAGAAUUUCUAUUAUGAA